AUGGUUGAUGUAUUAGAAGAUGUAUUAGAAGAAGAAUAUGGUACUCCAUCCCUCUCACUCAAUUUUGUUGAUACGCAGGAUGAAGAUUCUUUGCUUCUUCAUGGAGCCACUCAGGAUUCACAGUUUGAAUUUGACCAACAGUUUACUCUUCCAUCACAAGGUUGGGGCGAAACUGUUCCUGAAAUGGGUGGGAAUCAAACUGAGGAGUUGGUAUUUGUUGAGGAAAAUGAGCUGUUACGGGAAGAAUUGCCACCACAUGCAUGCAGAUCUCGUGUCAUUUUCAGUUACUGUGGCAUACACGAUCCGGCUGCGGUAGCGAUGUGCUUAAUUUGCCAAAAAUGGUUUUGUAAUGGACGUGGAAGUGCAACUGGGAGCCAUCUAGUUGUACAUUUGGUACGUUCUCAGCAUAAAGAAAUUUGUCUGCACAAACAAGGAGCUCUUGGAGAUACAGUUCUUGAAUGCUACCAGUGUGGCUCAAAAAACAUUUUUCUUCUGGGAUAUAUUCCUGCAAAAGCAGAUACGGUUGUUGUGGUGCUUUGUCGUCUACCUUGUUCGAGUCAAACUGUCCUGAAGGACCAAUCAUGGCAGGUUAAUGAAUGGAAACCGCUGAUUAGUGAUCGUAAGCUGCUUUCUUGGCUUGUAAGAGUGCCAUCUGAACAGGAACAAAUCAGAGCACGACGGAUAAGUGCUGCACAAAUCAACCGACUUGAAGAUCUUUGGAAGGAAAAUCCCAAGGCUGUACUUGAGGAUUUAGAAAAGCCAGGAAUGGAUCAAGAACCAGAUCACGUGCAACUAAAAUAUGAUGAUGCAUAUCAAUAUGAGCGUAUAUUUGAACCAUUAGUUGAUGCUGAAGCAGAUUACGACCGAAGAUUGAAAGAAUCACAGACACAAAGUGUUGGUCAUGUCCGAUGGGAUAUUGGUCUUAAUCGCAGGCCGCAAGCUUUCUUUCACUUGCCAAUGUUUUCCGAAGGAAGUAUGAAAUUAAUGAUUGGAGACGAAUUACGUUUGAGGCAUACACAAACUUUGGGUACUGAAUGGUGUGCUACUGGAGCUGUCAUCAAAAUUCCUGACAAUCAUAACGAUGAAAUAGGAAUCGAAAUGCGUCUAAAUGCAGAUAAUAUACCUUCUGAUACUCGAACGAAUUUUACUUGUGAAUUUGUUUGGAACUCAACUUCAUUUGAUAGGAUGAAAUCCGCACUGAUGUCAUUAUGUCGAGAUCAAAACUGCAUGUCUCAGUUCAUAUACCAUAAAUUAAUGGGUCACGAUGUUGAUGAUAUAAUAUUUAAGGUUUCACUGCCUAAAAGAUUUAGUGUGCCAGGUUUACCAGAGUUGAAUCAUAGUCAGGUUCAUGCAGUCAAAACAGUUCUGCAGCGACCAUUAUCACUUAUUCAAGGCCCUCCUGGAACUGGUAAAACUGUAACAUCCGCUACAAUUGUAUAUCACCUGGUAAAGCAAACAAAUGGCCAAGUUCUUGUUUGUGCUCCAUCUAAUAUCGCUGUUGACCAGCUUGCUGAGAAAAUACAUCGUACUGGAUUAAAGGCAGUUGUUCGCCUUUGUGCUAAGAGUCGUGAGUUUUUGGAAAGUCCUGUUGCAUUCCUCACACUACAUAAUCAACUAAAAGCUCUUCAUGGUGCAGCUGAGUUGCAUAAGUUGCAACAAUUAAAAGAGGAGAUGGGGGAAUUGGCGGAGGCAGAUGAACGCCGUUUUCACAAAUUACGUAAAACAAAAGAGCGUCAACUGUUGCUCGCAGCCGAUGUGAUUUGUUGCACUUGUGUUUCGGCCGCAGACAGUCGUUUGUCGCAAAUGAAAAUCAAGUGUGUUUUAAUUGAUGAAUCGACUCAAGCUACAGAACCUGAAGUUAUGGUAGCCGUUGUUCGUGGUGUUAGGCAGUUGGUACUUGUAGGUGAUCACUGUCAAUUAGGUCCUGUUAUCAUGUGCAAAAAGGCAGCCAAAGCUGGCUUGUCGCAAUCGCUUUUUGAACGUCUUGUUCUACUCGGAAAUCGUCCUAUCCGUUUGCAAGUACAGUAUCGUAUGCAUCCUGCUCUUUCUGCUUUUCCAAGCAAUGUUUUCUAUGAAGGCAGCUUACAAAAUGGUGUGACAGAAGGAGAGCGGCAGUUGUCUGGAAUCGAUUGGCAUUGGCCAGUAGCAGACAAGCCGUUAAUGUUUUGGAGUUGCUACGGCCAGGAAGAAUUCAGUUCGUCAGGCACUUCAUUUUUAAAUAGAACUGAAGCAGCAAAUGUUGAGAAACUAGCAACUCGGUUUUUGAAAGCUGGUUUGAAACCACAGCAAAUUGGGAUUAUUACUCCUUAUGAAGGACAACGGUCUUAUAUUGUGCAGUUCAUGCAGACACAGGGGGCCUUGCAUAACAAGUUAUAUCUUGAAAUGGAAGUUGCAAAUGUAGAUGCUUUCCAGGGCCGAGAAAAGGACAUCAUUAUAGUGACUUGUGUCCGUUCUAAUGAUCACCAAGGAAUCGGUUUCCUGAAUGAUUCUAGACGCAUGAAUGUUGCAUUAACACGUGCCAAAUAUGGUAUCAUUAUUGUUGGUAACGCGAAGGUAUUAUCACGAAAUCCGCUAUGGAGUUAUUUGUUAUCUGUGUUCAAGGAGAAAGGUUGUCUUGUUGAAGGCCCAUUAAACAACUUAAAACCAUCGCCACUCACUUUUGUCAAAGCUCGUCAAAUCCCGAGUAUUGUGAAUAUGAACCGUUUCGUUCCACAUGGAGCAACUUUGUCUAAAGAAGGUGGCGUGUGUUGUGUUCGAAGUCGAGGAAUACAAUCAAUACAAGAUCCUUUCGCAACUAUUAAUCAGAGUCAGUUGAGACCUCAAAAUGGACCUAAUAUUCCAGUACCAUUGCAAAUGUUUGUUCAGCCGCCUCCUCAUUAUUCUCUGCCACCUUCACAAAAGCCGGACAAAACUGUCAUCAACAGUAGUACAAAGCAAAACCAGCUGGGAACUUUCAAUAUGUUUAGUUCACAGCAAUCGCAAGAUCCAAUUUAUAUGCAACAAAUAAGUAGCAUGUCUGAUAUGUCACAAGAUGUUUCUGACUGGUCACAAUCGCAAACGCAAAACGUAUAUAUUUCUUACGAUCAGGAUCCUCUGGUAAACCAAAUGGAAGCAAUGUUUUUGUCUCAAGAUGCAGAUGUAGACAACUAUAAUUUUGCUGGUGCAAGUCAGUAUUGA